UAGAAAAUUUCGCGAUCGCGAAAUUUUCACGAAUUCGCGCGAAAUUAAGUGUAAAACGCGAAAAAUACCAUUUGUUGCGAAAAAACGAAAUUUCUACGAAUUUUAACAAACUAUGCGCGAAAAGGUUUAUUUAUUAUAAAUUUAGUAUCAUAAUCAUAAAAAUAAGUCGCAGUCACACGCAUCGACGCAAUUCACAAACAAUAUGUUCGUUUGAAUAAAAAAAUGUAAGGAAAUAAAUGUCCUAACCAAAAAAAAACAUGAAGGGUAAAACUUAUAAUUAAUUAUUAUUAUGUAUUAUAAUAAUUUGCGAUGCUAAUCAUUGCUAAGUAAUUUACGAUUUUCUAUUUAUUAACUAACAUCCGCUUUAAUAUGAAACACUUAACGUGACGUUGAUUCAUUUUAAUUAAAUAAAAGUCCGCCGGUGUAAACCAUUCCUUUCGCCAGUCAUCGCAGCCAUUUUUUUUGCUGCUAUGGCCUACGGAUAACGCUCCUAGCCAGUAACUUAAAUUCAUGAUUAAAAUUAACACACCAUUGAGUGGGACUUUGGGACGUAAUUACGGAGAACAUAAUAAAAUUACUUAAUACAUCGGGAAAAAAGUGACUGUAAAAAAAGAUAAAAUUAUUUACAUGGAGACUGCGGGGGAUAUAAACACUUUUAUUUUUAAUUCCUUGGGAUCCACGGAAGAAAAAAAAAAUUAACUUGAAAGAGAAUAGUUUUCACUGGUGUGCAACUGCUGCUGUCGUCAUGUUCACUUUGACUUCUACUCCGACGGGCAAAUCGGCAAGUUAACAAGAUUAUUAAUUGGAUAGUGACUAGUGAGUGAGUAAAAAUGCGGAAUAAAUUAAGUGCAAGGGAUCGAGCAUUUCAGUAUAAGAAGGAGGGGUUUUACUGUACAGAUAAUAGCACGGUUAUGUGUAAGUUUUGCAACACGAAAGUUUCGUGGGAUCGAAAAGACACGAUUGAAAAACAUUUAAAGUCGGCAAAACACGUGGCGUCAUUAGCAGCAACAAAAGAAGAGACUACAAAACUACAAACAUCAGUUGCAUCAUGCUUUAAUAAAGUUGUCAAAGACAAAAAAUCGGCAGAUUAUCUUGGAAAACGUGUCACAGAAACAUUUGUAAAGGCUAACAUACCACUUGAGAAACUUAACAAUGAACACAUGGUGAACUUCAUGAAUGAAUUUAUUGAAGGAUCUGGCGCAUUGCCUUGUGUAAAGACUUUGCGAGAAAAGCACCUUCCCAGAUUAAAUAUGGAAAGGGAAGAAAACAUCAAGGAGAAGGUCAAAGGAAAGCACCUUGCGGUAUGCUGCGAUGAAACAACAGACAAACAAGGUCGGUGUGUUUUCGUUAUAAUCUUCAAGAUUAUAGAAGCCAGUCACCAAGUUGAAAUCGUAGUAGGUGAUGUCCACAUUCUUGAAACAGCUGAUGCAAAAAGUUGUUCAAGAGCUAUUCUUGAUUCUUUGAACAAAUAUAACAUUAGCUAUGACAGUGUCCUGGCCUUAGUAUCAGACUCAGCCCGAUACAUGGGGAAGUGUUUUGACACACUUACCAACUUGAUGUCGGACAAUGUUGUAGUGAUUCAGUGUUGGGCGCACAAACUCAAUCUGAUUUUGAAUGUUCUGGGAAAGCACCUUCCUGAACUUCAAAAUGCCACUUCCAAAAUCAAGAGUGCGUUCCUGAACACUCGAAAGAGAAAGCAUCUGUUCCGGCAAUUUCUGGAUGAUAAAUAUGAAGCUGGAAGGGUUCCACUGUUCCCAAUGCCAGUCCUCACGAGAUGGUCUUCGUGGUACGAGUCUGUAGCCUAUGUAUCCGACUACAUAGAAGCUAUUGUUGAGUUCAUGAAGAGUGACGACAUAGCAUCAGUUAGCAAUGUUGGAGUUCAGUAUUUGGCAAGUUUGUCACAGGAACAGGUCCUUAAUGUUAAGGUGCAGGCUGCCUUCAUCAAAGAAACAGCAAAGGGAAUUGUUGACUUGACGAAGUUGUUGGAAGGGUCGUCAUAUCCUUGUAGCAACAUUUUGUGUGGUAACCUACGCAAAGUUGAGCAAGUUUUGCAGCUUGCUGAAGCAGGAAAUUUUGGCGAAGAAACAAGUUUAGCACUGCAGUCAUGUGGAAGAGAUGUUGCAAAAGCUCAGGUUAAAUCUGCCUUAGUAAAAGCUGCAUCACAUGGAUACACUAAGCUGCUAGCUUUAAUUUCAAGUGAUCCUGCAAGUCAUCUUUAUUCUGAACUGAGUGUUUUUGACCCUGCACAGAUUUUAAUUACGGAAGUAACAAAAGAUCUUGGUAAAAAAUUGAAGAAAAUGGCAUUGUUCAAGGACUGCGAUGAAAGUCAAUUGCUUCAAGGCUAUAAAGAGCUUCAGUUCUUGGUGAAGAAACAGUUAGGAGACAAAAGUGAUGCAUCACUGGAUUUGAUUGCAAUAUUAUUGUCUCUUUCUGUAAAUCAUCCAGAAUUUUCUAAGGGUGCUUUGAAAAGUGUAUGGUUGCCAUGUGCAAAUGCAGACUGCGAACGAUUUUUUUCUAAGUACAGUUCUGUUCUAAGUGACCAACGACAGCGCCUUAAUGCUGAAAAUGUAGCUAUUCUCAGUGAAAUCUAUUUUGAAGGUUGAACACUGUUUUAGUGUGUUAGUUGUAUGCCAUGUCUAUGUGUUUAGUGUUACAUAUGUAUUCAACUUUGCAGCUGUAAAUAUUAUGUAUUGUGUUUUAUGAUCUGUGACAAGCAGGAAACUGUGAAUUUUUUUGAUAGGAGCAUUACUAACAAAUAUAGAAGCUAAAAUUAUGUACAGAUAUUACGAUAAGUAAAUAAUAAUUUCCUCAUUGUAAAGGCUUUAAGAAUGUUUUUACAAGUAUCUCAGUAUCAAUAUAUAAUGUUCAUAUUAAUUUUGGGAAUCCACAAAAAAAUCACAUUGGUGAAAACACCGAAAUGAAAACACCGCUUUUAAGAAUUCAAACCACCGCUUUUUGCACUUUCAAAACGACGACAUUUUCCAGUCCCUACUCAUAGCACAUUUUUCUCCGUUUUUUCUUUGUUUGUUGACCAUAUUCCUGUUACGGAAUAUUUUGUGGUGUUUAUAUCCUUGUUGAAAACAGCAAUUUUUUGCUUAAUUUCGUGUUUUUUGUUUGUUUUUUUGGGGUAUUUUUACUUAUUUAUUUCUUUAUUUAUUAGUUUUUCUUCAACAGAAAAAUUUUUUGCAAUGGCGUAUGUCCAAAAACUUACAUCAAGUCAUGCACUCCCAUUGCACAAAUCUUUCAAAGAUGACACUUACCAUCUUGCUUGACUAACACAAACGCACCCCUGAUUUGGCAGGCCCCUUAAAUACUGAGUACAGAAUGCCAACUCACAUGUACUUGACGGUAGUCGUCCGGGCCACCAGAACGCCCUUCAUCAGGACCAGUCCGGUGAGCUGAGGUCCGCGAGUCAACAGGCUGGUCGAAGGGAAGGUCUCCAGUCGAACCGUUAUCUGCAAUACCACGCUUCACCUUGGACAUUCAUGCACAAACCAGUUCCCAUUGUAGUUUGCACUCUACAAUGGUGUCGUCAGUUGUAACUUGCGUAAAGAAAAUAUUGCAAGAAUUAUGAACUGACUUUAAAAACUAAGCAACACACGGUGCAUUCUGGUCACAGGGCAAGUGUGUAAGCCCUUUGUUCAAUCCCAGUGCAAUCUUUAGUGUGAUUGCAGAACAUUUCUGUUGAUUGAAAAAGAAUGUCACCUCUAAAAAUUAACUCUGAGCCAUGCAGUCCAGAGUCUACAGAAGUUUCUGUAUUGCAAUUGCAUGAAAACAUUGUACAGUAUUACAUGGCGAUAAAAAUGCACACUAUUUAUAGUAAAAGACUAUGACUGUGCGGCAUUACCAACAUUAGAUGAUGCUCCAGGGGCGGUUCCUGUAAGACUUUACGGGAGGGGCUGCCGUAUCAAGAAAGAAUGCAGUUGUAAAACAUGACAUUAAAUAAGUUGGAGUUAGGCUAGGACCAGCAACACUAAAUACAUAACUUUAAUACCUUCAUACAACUUUAGAUUAAAUUAUUUAAAUACACACACUACAGAUAAAAUUUAAAAAAAAUAAAUAAAA